AGGAGCGCAGCAUUACGCAGAGCAUGAAGCCGAAACCACAUCUCAUGAGAGCUGCUAAAGUUUUGUUUUGGUGCUAAAUGACAAGAAGACAGAGACACAGGAGCAUCCAGUGAUACGCGGACCACGAUGGAGAGCAAGGGACUACUCCGCUGUAAGAUCGUGGUGGUCGGGGACACACAGUGUGGCAAGACGGCACUGCUUCACGUUUUUGCCAAAGACUCUUACCCAGAGAAUUAUGUGCCCACUGUGUUUGAAAACUACACAGCCAGUUUUGAGAUUGACAAGCAGAGGAUCGAGCUCAACAUGUGGGACACUUCAGGUUCAGCCUACUACGAUAACGUGAGACCACUGGCUUACCCCGACUCUGACGCGGUCCUCAUCUGCUUCGACAUCAGCCGUCCAGAGACUAUGGACAGCGUGCUCAAAAAGUGGCAAGGCGAGACCCAGGAGUUCUGCCCCAAUGCCAAAAUUGUGCUGGUGGGCUGUAAACUGGACAUGCGGACGGACUUGAGCGUUAUGAGGGAGUUAGCCAAGCACCGGCUCAUCCCCGUCACCCACGAGCAGGGCACUAGCCUGGCGCGGCAGAUUGGAGCUGUGGCCUACGCAGAGUGCACGUCUAAGUACUCGGAGAACAGCGUACGGGAUGUGUUCCAUGUCACCACUUUAGCGUCUGUGCACCGGAUUCACCGCACCCCUAUCAAACGCACAGGUUCCCGCAAAGGGGGGGUCAAACGGGUGUCCCAGCAACCCACCCGGACUGAGAUAGUACACGAGCACCCCCCGCCUAUGAGGAAGGACCGGGCCAAGAGCUGCGUGAUCAUGUAGGAAGCAUGGCAAACCAGAGCAAGAUAUGCACAAAAUAUGGACUUGGAUUCUUGUCAGCGGUUUGCACUGUAUAAAGAACAAUGCAAUGGGAAUGAAUGCUUUUCAGUGGACUACUAUGGAGGGAGUGUUUGUCCAUACAGCGAUUUGUUUAAUUACUCAGUGGCUUUAUUAAUGGAGGAUGAAUAUGGUUGUAGUAGAACACUGUUAAAUGCUUUACUUGAAGAAUAUAUUGAAACAAAACUGGUGGUGGUGGUGGUGGUUCUCAACUGGCCCACACAGAUUAGCCGUAACAUUAUGACCACAGACAGGUAAAUGUCACAGUUUAUCCUCAUCAUGCCACAACUUGGUUACUGACAAUUAUAGUCAAUUAGGAGUACAAGUACAGGUUUAAAAGUCUACUCAAAAAAGUAAAUUUAC